AUGUUUGGUCACGAUCAUAGGUCAAAUAAGUAUAGCAGUUUUAUCACCUUUGGUGGACUGACACCAUAUAGCGAGGAAACGGAGGGAGAGCGUAGACAAAGUCUUAUGCGUUUCUUAAAAGCUUGGGAAAUUUUUAGUAAUAUUAAAGCAACUUCUGACCAACGUUUAAUAGAAGUAGCCAGGAAGUGGGAAAGUGAAGCUUAUGAUAAUGCUACUUCUAAAGAAGAUUACGAUCGCUUAACCACAACAAUUACAAAUCUUGCAGCGACAAAUAAUCCAGCAACAAUUAUUGCAAAACCCACAAUUACUAUCACAGCAACAACAAUUAUUACAACAAAAUCAAAAUCCACAAUUACAACUACCGCAGCAACAAAAUUUAAUCAAUGCUCAACUUCUUCAGCAACAAAAAAUUGCUCAAAUUCAAUCACAAUCACUCAACAAAGACCAGAGUCAUUGAACCCACAACAAUUGCAGUAUUAUCAACAAUUAUUAAAAGCUCAUCCUUCAAUACUACAAAUACAAAGACCACCUACUACUGCUGCUGCGGCUGCUACUGCCCAACUACUUAUUCGUCCUCAACUAGGACAUCCGUCACUGCAGCAACAAAAUGUUUCUCCUCAACUUAAUAACAUCAAUGAACCAACAAGACUAUGCUGCAAAAGAAAAAACGUUUGA